GGACGUGCUAAGAGUAGGGUUGGGCCUGGAGUCGGAGCCAUUACUGCAGGAAAAGGUCCCGCAGAGCUGAGCGGCCAAGAUGUGUGACUUCACCGAGGACCAGACCGCAGAGUUCAAGGAGGCCUUCCAGCUGUUUGACCGAACAGGGGAUGGCAAGAUCCUGUACAGCCAGUGUGGGGACGUGAUGAGGGCCCUGGGCCAGAACCCCACCAACGCUGAGGUCCUCAAGGUCCUGGGGAACCCCAAAAGUGAUGAGAUGAAUGUGAAGGUGCUGGACUUUGAGCACUUCCUGCCCAUGCUCCAGACUGUGGCCAAGAACAAGGACCAGGGCACCUAUGAGGAUUAUGUUGAAGGACUGCGGGUGUUUGACAAGGAAGGGAACGGCACUGUGAUGGGCGCGGAAAUCCGGCAUGUCCUUGUCACUCUGGGUGAGAAGAUGACAGAGGAAGAAGUAGAGAUGCUGGUGGCAGGGCAUGAGGACAGCAAUGGUUGUAUCAACUAUGAAGAGCUGGUCCGCAUGGUGCUGAACGGCUGAGAACCUUCCGUCUCCCCAGUGCCCGUGCCUUUCCCUGUGUGAGACUUGUCUAGCCUGAAGGCUUCCCAGGCCCUCUGGUCACAGCACCUUGCCCAUCUUGCCUCUCGGAUGACGUUUGUGUCAGCAUUCACCAAAUAAACUUGCUCUCCAUGCC